AAUGUUGUUAUGUGGAGGUCUUAAUGCCAAAUCCCCACAACAACCGUAGAAUUAAAAGAAGAAUGUAUUUUUCAUAUCGGGGGGUUAUUCCCCGCAUAAAAUGGCUGCUGGGCCCCUGCGGAUCACGUGAUGGUAACCCCAUCCUAUCAUACGGAGGGAACUGCAGUUUGCUGGAGAGAGGAAUCGUAAGAGAGAGUUCUGGCCUAAAAAGAAUUCUUCUCAACCUCCCUUGCAGCUAUGAAGGAGGAUAAGGAGAAUGCCAAGCCCAAGGAGAGAAAAGUGGACCAGGAAGCCGGGGAGGAAGGAGAGAAGUCGGAGAAGCUGAAGGAAAAGAAAGAAGUUCUGAGUAAGGUGAUCAUUCGUCGUUUGCCUCCCAGUCUAACCAAAGAGCAACUGGAGGAGCACCUUCAACCGUUACCGGACCAUGACUAUUUUGAGUUUUUUUCCAAUGACUCUAGUUUGUUUCCUCAUAUGUUCUCAAGGGCAUAUAUUAACUUCAAAAGUCCCGAAGACAUUGUGUUAUUUAGAGAUCGCUUUGAUGGAUAUGUGUUUCUUGAUCACAGAGGUCAAGAAUAUCCUGCUAUUGUGGAAUUUGCACCUUUUCAAAAAGUAGCGAAGAAGAAAAGCAAGAAACAGGACUCAAAAAUUGGAACCAUUGACGAAGAUCCAGAAUACAGAAAGUUUCUUGACUCUUACACUAUGGAUGAAGAGAAACUGACAUCAACCCCAGAGACUUUGCUAGAAGAAAUAGAGGCAAGAUAUAAGGAAAUGAUAGCCAAGAAGACUACACCUCUGCUAAGUUUCUUGAAAAACAGACAGAGACUUAGAGAUGAAAAACGUGAAGAGAGGAGAAAGCGAGAACUAGAACGAAAAAGACAGAGAGAAGAGGAGAGGAGAAAGUGGAAAGAGGAUGAACGAAGAAAUAAGAAAGAAGCAGAGAAGCAGAAAAAAUUUGAAAAACCUCCAGAAAAAGAGCUGGAACAGUCAAAGGAUGAGCCAAAAAUUAAGCUUCUUAAAAAGCCUGAAAAAGAAGAAGAGAGGUAUGCAGAUAAAAAGUUUAAGACAAGGAAAUUUGAAAAAGAGACUAUAAAAGAAGAGCGAUGCUCUACCGGAAAGAAAUUGGAUGGUGAAGUCAGAGAGGAGAAAACAAAAAAGGUUGAAGUGGAAUAUGUGAAGGACUACCGGGAUAAGGAUUAUAGAGAGAAAGACUAUAGGGAUAAGGAAUACAGAGACAAGGAUUAUAGGGAUAAGGAAUACAGAGAUAAAGACUAUCGUGAAAAGGACUACAGGGAUAAAGAAUAUGACCGAGAGAAGCGACAAAGAGAUAAGGAGAAAUCAAGAUAUCAUGAGGAUGAUCGCCGUAAGCCUAGGGAUCGUUACGAGAAAGACAGGUGUUUCAAGCGGAGGGAAGAGGAUUAUAGGAAGGAACGAGAUUUGGUAAGAGAGAGAGUAAGAAAGCAAGACGUGACGGAGAGUCCUCAGAACACAGAGAAAUCUGAGAGAAUAGCUCGUGAGGAGAAGAAAGAAGAUAGUGCCAAAAGAGAUCGAAUCAGAAACAAGGAUCGGCCUGCAAUGCAGUUAUACCAGCCUGGAGCCAGAAGCAGGAGCCGACUGACACCAUGUGAUGAAAGCCCGGCAAAGACAGGAGAGCAAAAUGCAGAGAAAAACGUUGGUGACAGUAAGGUGAAAGAAGGAGAGUAAAAAGCUAGAAAACUGUCCUGCCCAGUGCAAUUGCCAAAGAAAAUAAAUUCAGCAAUCCAAAGUGCCUUCAGAGAGAGAGAGAGAGUCUGAAUCAGGCGGGUGAAGUGUCCAAAGGUGUCCUUAUGGAUCAUGUGAGUGACCAGAAACCCACAGAGGUUGGCUCAGAAUCAAGGAUGGGUCUAUUUGUAGCGACUGGACUGUUCACAAACACACAGCCUUUUGUGCUUUAGUGGACAUGGUGGGGGAAACGACGUUGAAAUCUCAAGUUUACAAUCUUUCUUGUGGCCUUAUUGAAACACAAGGCCUCCGUUCCUGUGUUGCAGAGGUUCAUGAAUAUUUUGAGAUGUGGUGGUCGGCUCUGGUACAUGGGCUGAUUAGAUACAACUAGCCCAGGAUUUCGGUUCUGCAGUCUAUGUGCGACCUAAGAUUUUGCUUGUCCUUUAUUACAUUGGACGUUCUAAAGAGAAUAUAAUCUGCUCUUAUAUGCUGUAAUGACAGAAAAGCUCUGUAGUUUUGUUUUUCUUAAUUAUUUUCAUACAAAUCUUUAUUACUUACGGUAUGAAAAGUCUGCUUUGAAGCUAUCAAACUUUGGACAGCUUAUUUUAUCAAAAUGUCUGAAUCUUAAAUUUAACUUUUUUUUUCUAGGAAAAUAAAGGAGAAUUUAAAACUA